CUUCGACCUUGCAUCUCAAUCUCACUCUAGAUUGGGAAAGGCUGGCAAGUAGAUAACAUCAUCCGAAACGACAGAUGCUUGCACCUAUAUGCAAGAUUGAACAGGAAAAAAGAAACCAAAAGCACCACCUGAAAAUAAGCAGGUUUCAAGCACUUUUAACAGCAGUCGCAAACAUCCAGCAGCGAAUAAUGCUGGGCGUAUCGUUUUACAAACACCUGGAUCAGGUGGGGCGAAAGCUUUCAGCAGGGCCUACAUGGUGGGUCGGCAUAGUAUUGUGUCACGAGUUAUGGUACGCAGCAAUGGGCAUACUGAGUGUGGUAAAGUGGCUUGACCUAUCAAAGUAGAAAUAGACAAAAGGAAGAGGUCUAUAUACAGAACGUAUGUGAUAUACAUGUGAUAUAGCACGUGACAAGGAGUUUGUGGACUGCGGUUCCUAUCCCCGUUACGUGACACAUCGCGAGAUCAA